UCCUCUUCUCUCUUUACAUUUCAAAACCACCUCUCCCUCUUCUUCUUCUUCUGAUUAACACCCAGAAAAGAAACAAAACCACCCCCCUACUACCACUUUCACGAAAAAAAACUCGGUCGGGGUCACAUUUCCCAACAACCUAUACACCCACUCUACCUUUUUAUACACCUCGUUCUUUUUCCCUUUUUUCGUGUGAUUCAAGAUGUCUGCUAAACCCAUCCGAGAAUACGACGCCAAGCAGCUGCUCUCCUACUGGUUGCCCCGAUCUCCCGUUCCUAUCCCUUGCAAGGCCGAGUCUUCCGUCGCACCGGUAAAGGUCGCUCAGGUUCAAUGGGACUUUGAGACGAAAUCCCUCUCUCCCCCUGUCCAGCCCGGUCAAGGGUUGCCCGAAUGGGUCUUCACUGACAAGCUCGUCGCCAAGCCCGACCAGCUCAUCAAGCGUCGAGGCAAGGCCGGUCUCCUCUGCCUCAACAAGGACUACCAGGUCUCGGGCGACUGGGUCCAGGAGCGAGCGGGCAAGCCGUGCACGGUCGAAAAGACCACGGGAACCUUGAACACGUUCAUCCUCGAGCCGUUCUUGCCCCACCCCCAGGAUUCCGAGUACUACGUUUGUGUGAAUUCGGCCCGAGAGGGAGAUUGGAUCUUGUUCACCCACGAGGGUGGUGUCGAGGUCGGUGACGUCGAUGCCAAGGCCAAAAAGUUGUUGAUUCCCGUCGACGGUAGCUUCCCUUCGCGAGAAGAGAUCAUCUCGACCUUGUUGCCCGAGGUCCCUGCCGCCAAGCAGGACACUCUUUGUGACUUUUUGAUCAGGCUCUACGCCGUCUACUCGGACUUGCACUUUGCCUACCUCGAGAUCAACCCCUUGAUCUGCAUGGACGGUGUCGACGGACAGGCUCCUCAGAUCUACUACCUCGACAUGGCCGCCAAGCUCGACCAGACUGCCGACUUCCUCUGUGGACCCAAGUGGGCCAUCGCUCGUGACGCCUCGGCUCCCGCCGCUGCCAACGCCCCGGGUGUCAAGGCCGACCGCGGUCCUCCCAUGGUCUGGCCCGCUCCUUUCGGUCGAGACUUGACCAAGGAAGAGGCUUGGAUCCAGAAGCUCGACGGAUCGACCGGUGCUUCGCUCAAGCUUACCGUCCUCAACGCCGAGGGACGAGUCUGGACCAUGGUCGCUGGAGGUGGUGCUUCGGUCGUCUACUCGGACGCCAUCGCCGCCGCCGGGUUCGCUCACGAGCUCGCCAACUAUGGUGAAUACUCGGGUGCGCCCACCGAGGGUCAGACGUACGAGUACGCCAAGACCAUCGUCGACCUCAUCACCCGGGGUCAACCCCACCCGGAGGGCAAGCUGCUCAUCAUCGGAGGAGGUAUCGCCAACUUUACCAAUGUCGCCGCCACUUUUAAGGGAAUCAUCCGAGCCCUCAAAGAGUACCGUGAACCCUUGAUCCGACACAAGGUCAGGAUCUUUGUCCGACGAGGUGGUCCCAACUACCAGGAAGGUCUCAAGGCCAUGCGUCUCCUCGGAGAGUCGCUCGGCGUCGAGAUCAAGGUCUUUGGUCCCGAGACCCACAUCACCGACAUUGUCCCCAUGGCUCUCGGAGUCGAGCGAAAGCCUCACGAGGCCCAGCCUACCAUCGCUUCGGUCACCGAGGAGCUCAAGUCGGGUCAAAAGACCCCUUCGGCCGUCCCUGACGCUCCCGAGGGUCUCGGUUCCGUCAAGGCCGACGGGUCGCGACACCAGCCCAGCGACGACAUUGUCUCGUUCAAGAACGCCACCGGAGACGCCAUCACCGGUCGACCCUCGUACAGGCCCUUUGACGAGAACACCCGAUCGCUUGUCUUCGGUCUCCAGCCCCGUGCUAUCCAGGGAAUGCUCGACUUUGACUUCUCUUGUGGCCGAAAGACCCCCUCGGUUGCUGCCAUGAUCUACCCCUUCGGAGGACACCACAUCCAAAAGUUCUACUGGGGUACCAAGGAGACCCUCUUGCCCGUCUACACCUCGAUCGAGGAGGCCGUCCAGAAGCACAAGGACGCCGAUGUCGUCGUCAACUUUUCGUCCAGCCGAUCGGUCUACGCUUCGACCUUGGACAUCUUGAGGUUCCCUCAGAUCAAGGCCGUCGCCCUCAUCGCCGAGGGUGUUCCCGAGAGGCACGCCCGAGAGUUGCUCCACUUGGCCGAGAAGAAGAAUGUUCUCAUCAUCGGACCCGCCACUGUCGGAGGUAUCAAGCCCGGUUGUUUCAGGAUCGGUAACUCGGGAGGUAUGAUGGACAACAUCAUCGCUUCCAAGCUCUACCGAGCCGGAUCCGUCGGUUACGUCUCCAAGUCGGGUGGAAUGUCCAACGAGUUGAACAACAUCUUGUCGUUCACCACCAACGGUACUUACGAGGGUAUCGCCAUCGGAGGUGACCGAUACCCCGGUACCACCUUUAUCGACCACUUGCUCCGUUACGAGCAGGACCCCGAGUGCAAGAUGCUCGUCCUCUUGGGAGAGGUCGGAGGUAUCGAAGAGUACCGAGUCAUCGACGCCGUCAAGAAGGGCAUCAUCAAGAAGCCCAUCGUCGCCUGGGCCAUCGGUACCUGCGCCAAGAUGUUCACCACCGAGGUCCAGUUCGGUCACGCCGGUUCGAUGGCCAACUCGGACCUCGAGACCGCCGACGCCAAGAACGCCGCCAUGAAGGCUGCCGGUUUCAUCGUUCCCGACACUUUCGAGGACCUCCCCGCCGUCUUGAAGUCGACCUACGAGAAGCUCGUCUCGGAGGGUGCCAUCACCCCCAGGGAAGAGCGUGACCCUCCCAACAUUCCCAUGGACUACAAGUGGGCCCAGGAGCUCGGCAUGAUCCGAAAGCCCGCCGCCUUCAUCUCGACCAUCUCGGACGAGCGUGGUCAGGAGCUCAUGUACGCCGGAAUGAGGAUCUCGGACGUCUUCAAGGAGGAGAUCGGUCUCGGAGGAGUCAUCUCGCUCUUGUGGUUCAAGCGUCGUCUGCCCGACUAUGCCUGCAAGUUUAUCGAGAUGGUCCUGCAAUUGACCGCCGAUCACGGUCCCGCCGUCUCGGGUGCCAUGAACACCAUCAUCACCGCCCGUGCCGGCAAGGACCUCAUCUCGUCGCUCUGUGCCGGUCUCUUGACCAUCGGUGACCGAUUCGGAGGUGCCCUCGACGGUGCCGCCGCCGAGAUGACCCGUGGUCUCCAGUCCGGCAUGACCCCUCGAGAGUUUGUCGACUCGAUGCGAAAGGCCAACAAGCUCAUUCCCGGUAUCGGACACAAAAUCAAGUCCAAGACCAACCCGGACUUGCGAGUCGUCCUCGUCGUCGACUAUGUCAAGAAGCACUUCCCGGCCACCCCUACCCUCGACUAUGCCCUCGGCGUCGAGUCGGUCACCAGCGCCAAGAAGGACUCGUUGAUCUUGAACGUCGAUGGUGCCAUUGCCGUCUCGUUCUGCGACUUGUUGAAGGGAACCGGUGCUUUCACCGAGGAGGAGGCUGCCGACUACUUGAAGAGUGGAGCUCUGAACGGUCUGUUCGUUCUCGGACGAUCUGCCGGUUUCAUCGGUCACUUCCUCGACCAAAAGUUGCUCAAGCAGCCCUUGUACCGACACCCCGCGGACGACAUCUUCAUCAACCUCCCCACCCAGGACCGAGUCAUCGUCAACAGCAAGUAGACGAGUCUCGCCGGUCGACACGGGGUCGAGUGCGGGUUGUCCCUCUCAGUGGGCGACACGCUUCUCGGUCUCGUGGCCUUGCCUUCUCCUCAUCUUUAACGUCCUCAUACACCACACGCUCUCUUUUCUUCCUCGUCUCUCUUCUCUUCUGGGUCUUAUCGUCUUUUCUUCCUCACUUAGAAUCGAAUCCUAAUGUCGUUUUACGAGAUGUGUGCCGCGAAAUGAUCUAUAUACAAGACACACCAUUUACGUCGUGCUCGCGUUGGAGGUAUCGAGUUUCGAGCCGGUAACUGGCAAUUGGCUGCUUGGAGUCGAGUUUGAAGCAAGCAAGGAUGAAGCGUUGAUACCAAAGGUAGGGUAGGGUAUGGCGAGGUCGUCGAUGUGAUUGUUCUCCUUUUGUUCUCUCGAUUUGUACGCGGUCGCGCGCGUGGAUUCGUCACGCUUCCUUCCUUCCUCUUUGUCUCCCCCCAGCGACCUC